CUACACUCGCUUGAACGGAUUGGUAAAUACCAACCCAAAAUGGUAAAUACCAUUUCCAUUUGGUUAUCCGCUUGAAUUUGAUUUGAGUGUCCGUGAGGUUAUGUCAUGACAUAACCUAAUUUAUGUCGUAACAAAACUCAAAUAUUUGUAACAAUUUUUAAAUAACUAUGAUUUCCUCAAAGCUAUGAUAUGAAGAGAAAAAUAAGCUAAGCAUAUCGUACUUCUUCAUCCAUGUUUGCCCUGAAACUGCACACGAAUUUGGCUGUACUUCAACCUCAAAAAUACGUACGAUGUCUACCGUCAAUAAACUACUACGUUAACACAAAACCUUCGCCGCCUGUUGUUGGUACAGUAAACUUAGAUCAUGAGAUUAGUAAUGGUAGCAAUGCGUCUCUACCUCAUAAGCCAAAGCAAGUUCCAGCCUGGAGACCCACUCCCUCAACAGACAGCUCCAACCUGAUUAACCACUACCUCAAGUUGUCCAAGGUUCGGCUUACCACUCUUGUAGUAAUAACAUCAAUGGCAGGUUAUGCUGUAGCACCAGCUCCAUUUGAAUGGAGUACAUUUACCUUAUGUGCUCUAGGCACUGGGCUACUUUCAGGUGCUGCAAAUUCAGUAAAUCAAUUCCAUGAGGUGCCAUUUGACUCACAAAUGUCUAGAACUAAAAACAGAGUGUUGGUGUGUGGAAGACUCACGCCUCUGCAUUCAAUGCUAUUUGCAGCUGGUACCAGCAUUACUGGUCUUGGUAUCUUAUAUUAUGGUGUGAAUGGACUCACUGCUAGUUUAGGUCUUGCAAAUUUGAUUUUAUACACUUCAAUCUACACACCAAUGAAGAGGAUCAGUAUACUGAAUACUUGGGUUGGGUCUAUAGUUGGAGCUAUCCCACCUCUGAUGGGGUGGUCCGCCUGCGCAGGCACUCUAGGUCCUGGUGCCUGGCUCAUGGCAGCUCUGCUAUACAGCUGGCAGUUUCCUCAUUUCAACGCGCUCUCGUGGAAUCUGCGUCCGGACUAUUCCAGAGCCGGCUACCGCAUGAUGGCCGUCACGGAACCGAUGUUGUGCAAAAAAGUGGCCUUGAGACACACUGUUGCACUGCAGGCCAUCUCUAUGCUGGCGCCGGUACUUGAUACUACCAACUGGUGGUUCUUGCUGGAAGUCACGCCGUUGAACGUCUACUUCAUCUACCUCGCUUAUAAAUUCUACGAAGACGCGUCGAGUUCAACAUCAAGGAAGUUAUUCAGAUUCUCACUACUCCACCUACCGCUAAUGAUGAUUCUGUUCUUAGUGAAUAAGAAAAAGUGGUUUGUGUUUGAAAAGACAGAUGAUAGUGAAGAACAAAGUCUAUAGGCUGUAUUAUAGAGUAUGUUUUAUUUUGAAAUAAAUUAUUUUAUACAAGA